AUGAAAGCCAAUAUUUUAAAUUGUGUUUUUUUUUCAAUUAUUAUUUGUUUUUUUGAAUAUGCCAAAAAAGAAUUAUACUUUAUAAACGAAAGAAAGAUAUAUCUUGAAAGGAAUAUAAUAAAUUUUAAAAAUAAUAGGAUAUUAGCAGAUGCAUACAAACAAUUCGAUUUAAAUAAUUUUUAUGAAUCAACCUUGAAUCUUGCAAAUCAAUUUAAUGACUACAAUGAUGAUGACGAAGAUAUAAU